AUGGCUUUUGUAUCAUAAUCACCCAGGAAGAUUUUACAACCUUAAUAAACAGGCUCCUAAAACUUGGGUCCAGGUGAUUACACAACUGAUAAUUAAAAUAUUGCAAAAAGUAAUACUAUUCAAAGAAAGUAGCCGGCUUUUGGGGCAGGCGAGGAUAGAAAAUUGAAAAACGUAAAACCUUCAGAUCCCGAAAAAAUUGGUCCUGGUAUUUUAUUUUAGCGUUAGUUAACAUUUUUAGGCCCCGGAGCUUAUAUUUCACAUAAUGAUCUUGUUAAUGUUGAUUAUAAAAAAGAAUACGAUGAUCACACUUCUUACAUAGUGAGGGAUAAUGGGCAUGUUAAUUAAAGGACGUAACAGUAUGCGUUUCAGGCACCUAAGGAGUCAUCUAUAGCUCAAAUAAAAGACACUCCUGGGCCAGGUGCAUACAACACUAACAUAUCCAUCUUUAACAACAGUUCUCCUAAAUUUCCUAAUUUAAGAAAUAAGGUAUCAAUGACUGGACUUUAAUCACCAAAGGGAGGCAUAUCAGGAUUCCUUAACAUCUCAAUUCCAAGUAUUCCAUCUAGGUAUCUGUAACCUAAUCUUGAAAUUGAUAAUGAUGAGAGCUCAAAUAAUUUCGGAGGAAAACAUUAAUCAGGACCAGGUGCUUAUUACGUUCAAGAUAGCCUACUUAAAAAAUCACCAAGGGCAAAUGUGAGUUUCGGUUAAAGUAAGACAAUGAGAACUGCUGAGGAUGGUUUUGCAACAAGAACUACAUAGCCAGCAGUUGGUCCUGGAAGCUAUAACAUCAUUAAAGAUAUUGAUAGAAAGAUUUAUAAUCCAACUAUCCCUCGAGAUGGUCAAAAUUCUCAACUAUAUAAAGUAAAAAAGAAGAAAAAUGCAGGAUCAAUCAAAGAUAACUAUGACUUUGAUUCAGAUAGUGAGGAAUAUGAGGAUCCUAGCAUUAGUAAGAAACUUGAAGCAAGUCCUGGACCUGGAUAGUAUCUUAAAGAAGAGCACAUCAAUAAAUUUGGUAUGAACUCAGGAAAACUAGAACAGUUUCAAUUUUUUGGCACUUCAAUAGAGAGAUUUAAAGCACCUUUAACUAGUACUGCUUAAAUUGGGCCUGGCUAAUAUAACCCUGAAAUUAGCAGCUAAAGAAAUUAGCAUUUCUAAUUGGCAGGAUCUGCUAGUUUUAUGGGAAUAGCAAGACAAAAGAAUAAUCUAAUGCUAAAUAAGACGAGACUAGAAAUCCCUGGUCCAGGAGACUAUAAGCUUGAAGAAUCUUUGAAAUUUAUUUAGGAUACUAAAUUAAUUGGAAAACAGCCUUUUGCUUCAAAUAUAGAUAGGUUUAAGGUCAGAGAUGAGGCUAUUCCUGGUCCUGGAAAAUAUCCUUUACCGGGAUCCUGUAAUGUUAGAAGUAUUAGUUAGGUACAUGCUAGUUUCAGAUCUGGAGUUAAAAAAGAACUUGUAUUCCCCAUAGAUAAGGAUGUUCCAGGAACGGGGGCUUAUAACACCCAAGAAUUCAAGUCUAUUGGGAUUUAAAAAAUUACUGGAGGAGCUCCAAAUAACUUUUCUCUUUUGGCGAAGAAAACAUAGACUAUGAGUGCCAACAACAGUGUAAUGAGAGGUAAAAAAGAGAAAAAUGAACCAAAUGUUUCACCAAGGACUAUAUUAGUUGAGACUUCAACACCUAUACAUAUGGGACCAGGCUAUUAUGGAGGCACUAAAUUCAAGAUCUUGGAUAAUCAACCUCAGUCAGUUAAGGAUUCUAAAAUGUUUGGCAGAGGAGACAGAUUCCCCGAUCCUAAAUAGAAGUCACCAGGACCUGGUUCUUAUAGUGAUCUCAAUAAGUGGCAUCAAAAGACGUACAAUCUCAAGUUUCUUAAUGUUUAAAUGUCUCCAUACACUUCAAAUAUUCCAUCCGCCUAGUGA